CGGUUGGAUGAAAUUUUGUGCUACGCCACUCUUUCUCAUCGAUAAAGAAGGAAAAAGUAAUUUGGCCGUUCAGUCGCGUUUUAUUGCCGCUAAAUUCAGCAUCUUAUCAAGCCACACCGUGUAUCAGAUACCUAUAUCACUAAAUGUGUUAUUGUUUAUGCAAUGGACAAUAACUGCCUUGGUUUGUUCCCGAGGAGGCUGUAUAUUUCGAGUCCAAUCACAACGAAGAGAGAGAACGGACCCUGCCAAUUUGCACUUGACGCCCGGGGGCGAAUUUUCAAUGAAAAAUUUUUGCUGUGUCGCUUGAACUUCAUUUGUUAAACGAAUGUGAGAGGGGACGAGGCGUUUGUGUGUCAUUACAGUGUGGCAAAGGAGAUCCUCGAUUCAUCGUAUUGUUGGGUAUAAAAGCCCGUAGUUUUGUCGCAUGGUUUAAAGACGUUUCUUUCUUGUGCGCUGGUGUGUGGCGGCUUAAACAAAAUGUGGCACACACCUCUAAAUGUGUGACAGAAUUUAGACGUGUAGAUUUCAUUCCGGGAUAUAUGUAUAUGUUGUUAGUUUUUGUUUCUUCUUUACAAUUCUACGUGUGUUGUCUGUGAACAGAAAGUACAGUGAAAAAAAACAUGGAAGCUCCACCGUGGAUGUUUAUUUUUUCAGUGCUGAUGUCCAUCACUUCAGUGUUUGCCUGCACAUUUCCAAAAGAGUGGCAUGGUACAUGGUAUCAGAAUGUGUUUGGAGAGCUGUCCAUAUCAGAAAGAGAAAUCUCCCGGAAGGGUGUUUGCAUUGAAAACGUGGGAAAUAAAUUCGUUGUUUCAAACAGGGAUCAAGAGUGCUACAGGUGCCUGGUAAUUAACCCUUGGCACCAGAAUGUAAUUCAAUAUAAAGAAAGCUACUGUCAAAGGGAGAAGUCUUUAGAAGUAGCAUGCCGUAGUAUUAAUGGAGAUUAUCCCCUCCAUACCAUAGUCAAAGUGCCUGGAAGCCCCGUUAAAUGUCCUUUUCAGGGAAAAUACUCGUUCUCCUAUACCAAAAACGGAAGGGGACCAUGCAGCAAUCCUCAGUCUGAAAUUCACGCAUGCGCUGAUGAGUCCAAAUUUAAAUUCGUUUACAAGGAAUGUCAAGGCAUUCCAGAUACGAAAGAAAAAGAGGUUUAUUUCCAAUGUUUGGCCACUUGGGAGAAUGGGGAGAAGUAUUUAUAUGGCAGGUUUAGUGGUUCGGAUGAGCUUUCAGACAGAGCCGAUAUGUACCGAUGUUUUAUGCACAGCUUAUUUGGUUAUGGAGGGGAUAUGUCUAUGUCAGCCGAUGCUUCCUGCCAAGGGCUACAAAGCCCCACCGUGGGGACAUCUACAAUGACUUUAGAACGAUUCCCAACUCCUCCCAUGCAGUGUCGAUUUCCAGCCAUAUUUGAGUUUAGAAAAGUUUGGAGAGACCUGUCUGGAAGAACUCAGUUAGUUGUAGAUGACCAGAUGCAGGUGAUAAGAAUUAAGGAUACCUACCCAAGCUACUCGCUGAACGCUGACGAAAGCGGAAGUAACGAGGUCAAACUUGUCAUGCGCUGUAGGACAUCUCAUAGUGGAAUAGGAAGUGUUCACAAAUAUGUCGUAUACACAACGACUAGCGAAUGUGAAUCAAAAUAUAGAUGUUUACGAAUAAAGAAGAAGGAUUCCGAUGGCAAGGUUUUAGAAAUGGAGCUAGGACAACCAUUUAAUGAAGAAUUCAAUGCUUGCGAUGACAAAACAUUCACAACAGGAGAAAAACGAAUAUUGAUUGCUGAUGACGUAAAACCAAGGAAAUGUCCGGCGGGUGCAGUUGGUAGCUUUAAGUUUACGGACAAGACCUCAGAUUGCGGCGGCCAAUUCAUUAUCGGGUGUAGCACGCCUCAGGAAAUUGUUAUCCAGAAAAAAUGUCCCGUCAAUCUUGAAUCAGUGAAUAUAUGGGGAUGCCUGUCGGACUGGAUAGAGGAUCAAACUCAUUACGUCAUUGUACAGUCUCCUAAACUUCUGAAGCCAGCCAUGUGUCUGUCCUUCACAGUCACCAGUGCUGGGAUAGACGUUCAGGAGGAUGAAUACUGCAUGAGGAAAACAACAGUCAGUCGAUCGUCCAUCAAUUACUUGUUGUUUACACCAAAAGGAGAGUGCAAUCCGAACACACACCCAUCCAUCACGGAAAGUCCAAGUGAAAUCACCUCAGAUCGAACGAAAAUUUCUCCUGACAGAGGAGGAACGAAUCGAAUUCAGGGAUCUGAAGGCAUCAUUAACGCCGAUAACUCCAGUGCAAAUCUUUCCUUAUCAUUCUUCAUUUUAGUUCUAUCUAUCGUGACACUAUACCUAAUGGUCAGGUGAUAGUUGAUAGAUUAAAAAAAAUCUUUAUUAUUCUCUAAAAUUGCCGUCUGCUCAAGUGCUAAACAAGAUAUGACGUCAUUCCAUUGAAAAUCACGUGAUACAAAGUAUCAGACCAAUCAGCAUCAUCUACCUUCAAGUCGGUUCCAAGCCGAAAACAUUUACAAAGGAAUACUCGUAUAACAGCAUAAUCUGUGAGCUCUUGGCAGGACAUGGAGCAAACUAAAUGGCAUAAUAUUCAUAAGAACCCUGACAUAUUUCAAAGGUUCGGUUUAAACAUAAAGAGAUCAAGUGAUGGAAAAACUUGCCGCAUUAACUUGCCAAUAGUGCUACCGGUUCAAGACCGGAAGUGGAAUCCAUGGAACAUUUUUUAGUGUCCAUAGAAGGAACAUGAUUGUGAUAUAUUUAUUUUUUUCGUGCUUUUAGUCCCAGCCAUGGCGGUACUAAGACGCGGUGCUAACAUUAUUUUUGUUGGAUCUCAUUAUUAAUUAUAUGAUACAGAUCUGUGAAUUUUAAUUCAUUGCAAGCUCUGCUUUUGUCAUUCCCACCAUAUCAAUUUGAAAUGUUACAUUUCAGUGUCAUAAUUAUCAACAUAGUUUGCUGGAAUUUGACUAGAUGUUUGCUAAAUUUAAAUGAGAUUAUAGAAAUGAGAUUAAAGAAAUUUUCAUAUAAAAUAAUACUCGGUAAUAGAUGAAAAAAGAAUUCUAGGUAUUUUGCCACACAACGAUAUAAAAAAAAAAAGAUGGACUACAUUCCCUGAAAGUAUGAAAGGAAUGCUGAUUAACCAUGUAUUUUUGACACAUCAACAUUCCUAUAUAUCUUUGUAACAAUAUAUUGACAUUGAAAUGGUUUUGUGCAAUAGAAAGCAGCAAACAUUGUGCAUUAUAUUCAUAUACAAGAGAAAAAACUUGUUAAUCUAUACCAAAAGCAUAAUACUUUAAUUACUACUGUAUAUUUAUGUUCCGUAACUACUGUAUUAUGAUAUCAAGUAUUUUUUGCAACGAAGAACUGAGUUUAUUCUGUUUAUGAUGUUUUGUACAUGAAGGAUGAAAGAGGUGGUAGAAUAAAUGUAUAUAAAAUGGAUGAAUUAUACAAAAUGGUGAAUCGUAUGUGCAUGUGAUCAUUUCAUUUCCUUUUAUUGUGUUCAACAGAUUUGUAUCCUUAUUAAAACUUCGAUGGUUCUACGUUCAUUUAACAUGAAGUGAACAUCUUGCUAACUUAACUCAAAGAUAAUUAUUAGAAAAUAUGAGAGCUUCAUAAAUUUUAUCAAAGUAAAAUUUGAACUUUUUUGUCUGUCAUGCCCUUCUUUGCACUACCGUCCUCUUAUCCUUUUGUACUCCUUAGUUAGCUGGACCUUUGUUAAAAGAAAAGGGGCUAGAUGUUCUUGCAGUAUUAGAAAAAAAGCCCCUUCACCCUUUUCAAACAAGUUUAUGUUGUUUACUGUAUUUUGCAAUCAAAUGUGACACAAAUUUUCAGUAUUCAACGUUAUUUAAGAAGAACGCCUCUUCAGGUAGCAUAAGUUUUAUUUUAAUUUGUAAACUCCACUUUUCUGUUCAACCAAAGAUCUAAUGCUUUUCUUUGUAUUAAAUUAGUACAGUCCCCAUUUUAGUGGUUACACUGUCAUGUUUUCAUAAGAAGUUUUAACCAGUGCCAAUAGAAUGAAUGAAUGUCUUGACUUUAUAUUGUAUUUUGUUUUGUUUUUUUCAUGUGAGGAGGUAUAAACGCUAGGUGUCAGUACUUUCAUUUCUGUUGUUACGAUAUAGAAAGUGAAAAUGAAAGUUGUGACAAAUUGAUAUAUUGUAAAAUUGUACAUUACUUAUUAUAAAAACGAAAUAUAAAAAAAUAAACAAAGUA